CGCCCGCGCAGUGCAACUGGCCAGUUCUUCACACGAGUAGCGAACGCGCGGUCGCCAUGCGAGAAAAAACGAUGAUUAAAAACGAAUACGAACCACAUAGAAAUACAAAUUAGGGCGCCAUUUUAUUUCAAAUUUAGAAAAUUAUUUCUUCGAUCGAAUUUUAAAAAAUUUGUUUUUAAAAUUAAGAAAUAAUCGUACUGCAGUCAAAGCAUCUGGCCAGACGAAGGAUGUGAACUUUUUUUUGUAAUUUUAUUUGUGCGCCUUCAAAGGAAUGUGGUUUUAGUGUCCAUGCAAAAAGAACGUGUGUUGUGUGAGUUAUUUUUAUUGUUUCGAUGAGUGUGAAACGAGCCCUUUGCUAAUAGUCAGUGUUGUGUAAAAAUAAGUUAUCGCAAAAGACUGAACCAUGUGGAGCAUUCUCUUGGUAGUGGCGUUGGCUUCGGCCGCGCGUUCCAAACAAAUUCCGACCGCUACCGAACUUGUAACGACAUCAGUGGGUACGGCCACAGACCUCACGACACCAUGGCCGGCCGCGCUGGCGCCGCUCGACACGCUCGCCGUGUCGUGCGAGCGGGACAACAUGCACGUCACCAUCUCGCUCGCGCACACACAGCCAGCAGGCAACAGUAUCUACGAUACAUUCAAUGGCAUAGUGUAUCCAGCCGGACUGGGCAGCAACUCAUCCUGCUUGCGGGAAUAUAUCUCAGCGCGAGGUGACCUGCAAUAUACGCUGCCGCUCAAGGGCUGCAACACUAUGGCCACAGAUGACGAGGACGGCACAGUGGAGUACUACAAUAACAUAAUAGUGCAGCCGCACUUGAAGUUGGUGACGGGACAGGGGCGCGGCUACCACGUGCGCUGCCGCUACCGCCGUCGCGACCUCACCAUGUUCCACCUACACCGUCCGCAUGCAGACAGGCUUACGCAACUCAGAGAUGGAUACAAUAGCGAAGAGUUUGAUGAAGACUCGGGUCUACUGCCGUCAGUCACCAUGAAGAUUUACAAAGGUGACCCCGAGGACAAUGAGGUGGCAUCGAACGUACGCAUCGGAGACACGCUGACAUUGCUGGUGUCACUGGAAAAGCAGCGGCGCUUCGGGUUACUGGUGUCUGAAUGUGCAGUCCGCGACGGACUUGGCUGGGCUGAGCAGAGUCUCAUAGCAGACGAUGGAUGUCCACUGGACGGCGAGAUAAUGGGUCAGUUCCAGUAUUCACGCGAGCGGCAGGAGGCGCGCGUAUCCUUCCCUGCGCACAAGUUCCCAUACACUGCCAGCGUCUACUACACGUGCGAGGUCAAAUUGUGCGACCUCAAUCACCCUACUGAUUGUGAACCAUGUGCGCACAAGAAGGGCAAGCGAUUACGUCGUCAGUCAGAAGAGGGCGCGCCUGCCACUGUUGAAGUGUUCUCCGGAUUGUACGUGAACGAGGCAGACUCGCCGGAAAACGAUGAGGUCACCAGCGAGAAGAAAGAAGACGAGAUCUGCAUAUCGCAACGUAACUUUGCGAUCGGUAUUUGCAUCGCGGGCGUCAUUCUUAUGAUCUGUGUGAUCGCAGCCAUAGCGUUCAUAUUAGCUCGUCGCCGCAAUCCCAAGACGUACUCUCGCACCGGCAGCUCCCUCUACAGUGGACCUUACACAAACACCGGCUACUCGCAUACGAGUUAAAUCACUAAAACAUCGAAUUAGAUUAUCGUGUGAUAUUAUUAGAUCUAUUGAAAAUACACAAAGCCCUCUUUUGACAGCUAAAAGCAUUAUAUGAAACUAUAAUCGAUUAAUGUCGGUAUAAAACAAAAUCGAUUUUCGAAAUCGAUCGAUGACAGCUGUCAAAAUUGGUCUUUAUUAAUAUUUUGUAGCGAAUUAUUUUCUUAUUGCAAUUGAUAUUUUUCCGUUUGCAAUUUUGAAUACUUAAAAGUCUACGGAGAAAUUUUUAACGUGGAUUUAAACUGCCGAAGAAAUUACACAAAAAUAUAUUAUUAUCUCAGAUUUUUCAAAGAAAAUAAAAGAGAUAAUAUAUUUUUGUACGUUUCAGUAGUGCCAACCUACGGUAGUAUUACGUUCGAUUUGAAAUAAAGUGAGCUCUUGUACUUUAUGCUACGGAAAAUAGGUUCAUAAAAUUGUUGUAUUCAAUAACAACGAUUCAGUCAUAUUAUAAGUACUUAGUUUACCAAUAGUUUAUUUUAAGGCUUACCAUAAUAAAAAUGUAAUAUUUUAUAUUAUUGUGAUAAAUGGUAAAUCGCAUAUAUCCAUCCUGAUAUGAUUUUUUUUUAAUAAUUAAUAUUAAAAUAAUAAAAAGGUUGCCUUGCAUUACGUAAUAGUUACAAUGGUGAUUAGUAAUUAACAAAAUAGCUGCCUAAAUAUUUUUGUUUAUUAAAAAAAGUAUACAAAGCCUAAAAAGAACUAUAAUACUUACACUAUGGUAUUAGUGUAAUAUAGUUGUGUAAGCAUUUUAGUUAUUUCCCCCUAAAAUAACUAAGUUUAUUUCCGAUACAUAUUUAUACUAGAAGUCUGUAGUCGAGUUUUGAUAAUUUUAAUAUUUUUCAUCAAAUACGCCAUAGACAAUUUGCACGGUGGCGGGAACUGGUUUCUUUCAAACGGUUUGCGGUCACUUCCACACGUUCAUAGAGUAAUAAACAAAUAGAAUAGUCGAUCAUAACUCACGAAAUUUGUAACAGAUAAAAAAA